UCCCGCGGCUAACAAGCAGAGGUUCUGGUUCUGGUUCUGGUUCUGGAUCUGGACAUGAUCGUGAUGGAUCUACUUUUCGUAAUAACUUAGACCUAAUAGAAACCUUCGACAUGGACUCGGCGGACCUGCUCCGGCUGCCCGACGAGGAUCUGCUGAGGCUGGGGAAGGAGGACCUGAUCCGAACCCUGAGGAGCCUGGAGACCCGCAGCUUGGACCUGAUGCUGGAGCACGGCAACCUGAUGAAGGACGUGAACCGGAGCCUGCAGGUCCACCUCCGCGAGAUCCGGAGCCUGAAGGAGGUGAACCAGAGGCUGCAGGAGGACAACCAGGAGCUGCGCGAGCUCUGCUGCUUCCUGGACGACGACCGGCAGAAGGGCAGGAAGGUGUCCCGGGAGUGGCAGCGCUUCGGACGCCACACGGCCGGGGUCCUGUGGAGGGACCUGGUCCUGUACCAGCAGAAGCUGACGGAGCUGGAGGCCGGCCAGGAGGCGCUGAGGGCGGAGAACUUCGAGCUGAAGGAGCUGGUGCUCAUGCUGGACGAGGAGAGGAGCGGAGCCGGCUCCCGGAGCUCCAUCGACAGCCAGUCCAGCAGCCUGCAGCCGCGGGACGGCGGGGACGGGAGCAGCACGUCCAGCGCCGGCAGCCAGGGGAGUCCGGACCACCACCUCCUUCAUCAUCACCUCCUCUUCAAAGAGGAGAAAACUGGUCCUCUCAGGAGGUCCGUGGAUGAUCUGUCUGCCCACAGAGAUGCAUCAGACAGCUACAUCCAGCAGCUGGAGAACAAAGUGAGGCUGCUGGUGGAGGAAAACCAGUUGUUACAGCAGAAGCCCGCUCAGACCUCCAGCGGAGAACGUUCCCCCACGGGGCUCUACCCACUGCUGGGUCAGAAACCAGAAGCUGUUGUCCACGCGAUGAAGGUCCUGGAGGUUCACGAGAAGCUCGACAGGCAGAGCUCGAGGGAAUAUAAUGAAGACCUCAGCGAGAAGGAGAAGGCCAUCGUCAGGGAGAUGUGCAACGUGGUUUGGAGAAAACUCGGCGACGCUGCCGGCUCCAAGCUCUCAGUSCGACAGCAGCUGUCAGGAAACCAGUUCAAAGGGGUGGCGCAGUAGGAGAUAAACCCAACACAGCUCUGCAGUCUGUGGUGGAGAGUGGAAGAACCGCUGCCAGCCUGGAUUUACACUUUAUGGUUAAAGAACGGUGCUGCAGUCCGAGGUCUAACCUGCAGAUCUGCUCKAUGAGGCCACUCUGUGGACAGACGCUGAAAACACACGCAGAAAACAAAGUGUCCACGAUUGAACUCUUUUGUCACUUUUGGAUCAGCUCCAGUUUGAUCAAUAUGUUCAGUUAAAGAAACCUAAUCAGAAUUUAAAAUAAAAUAAACUUCAAAAUAAGGUUUUUGCAUCCUAUAAAGCAUUUUGCUUUUAAAAAAACCAACAAACUGCAGUCAACAUACAACAUAACUGGGUCACAUUCAGUCAUAGAAAAGUCUUCAUGUAAAUCAGUGACGUUUAUAUUUUUAAAUGUUCUGUGUGUAGCUGAAAAAAUGUAUUUUAGCAAAACUACAUCAUGAAGAUGAUGAUUAAAAAGCAAAGAUACUUUUAGAUGAAUAAUAAAGUCUACUUUUUUGUGUAAAUCUG